ACUGUUUCUAAUCAAGACAUUCAAAGCAGAGGUCGUUUGAAUAACCCCUUAUUAUUUACACGAGCGUACUAUUUCAUAAGACAUUCUAAAAAUGGUUCUAAUCCCAUUGCUCCAAGUCAUUUGCACUGCGGUUGUUUUGGUCUAUGCUGAACCAGAAGAAACAUGUCGCAUCAUUCAAUUCGUGCGUAAAGUAAACGAAAAGGCUCUUGAAGGUCACACGAUUGCAACGAUUAAUUCAAAUAAUGUCGACUUUUGUGAGAUCCAGUGUUUCCUUAACCACGAUUGCGUCUCUUAUAACUUUGGGCCGACUGAAGACAACGCUGACACAUAUGUAUGUGAACUGAAUAACUCAACGGAUAACAAAAGAUUGAAACCUAAAGCGAUGUACGUAUACAGCGAAACAGAGGAUUCCUGCCGGUCAAAUCCUUGUUUAAACAAUGGCAAAUGUCAGUAUGGUUUUACAGUCAAAACUUUCCGCUGUCUGUGUACCGUUGGCUUUACUGGAGAAUUAUGCGAUAGGGAUAUCGACGAAUGCAGCAAUGGAAGCCAUGAUUGUGACGUUAAUGCGAAUUGCACCAACACUAAUGGCUCCUAUAGCUGCACCUGUAAUGAAGGAUACUCUGGAAAAGGAGAGUCAUGCCAAGAUAUCGAUGAGUGUCUCAGUGGCAGCCAUGCUUGUGACGUGACUGCAAAUUGUACCAACACUGACGGCUCUCACAACUGCACUUGUAAGGAAGGAUACACUGGGGACGGACAGUCAUGCCAAGAUAUCGACGAAUGCAACAAUGGAAGCCAUGAUUGUAACGUAAAUGCGAAUUGUACAAACACCAAUGGCUCCCAUAGCUGCACCUGUAAGGAAGGAUACACUGGAAAAGGAGAGUCGUGCCAAGAUAUCAAUGAGUGCCUCAAUAAAAGCCAUACUUGUGACGUGACUGCGAAUUGUACCAACACUGACGGCUCCCACAACUGCACCUGUAAGGAAGGAUACACUGGGGACGGACAGUCAUGCCACGAUAUUGACGAGUGCAGUGAGGUUCAUGGCGUCAAAAUGAACGACUGCCAUCCUAAUGCCUCUUGCGUUAAUAGCCAGGGCUCAUACAACUGCUCUUGCAAUCCUACCUAUAUUGGGAAUGGUGUUAUAUGUAAAGCCGAUCCGUGCCAUAAUUACAGAAACCUGAGCGAUGCUGACAGAAAGAGCACUUACAACACACCCAACGGUCAAGAAAAAUGUGACGACGAAUCUUCAUCCAUGAUAUUCGGGAAGUGGCAUCGUUUCGUGGGAGAUGCAGGAACAAAAAUGCCAACCCAGUGCGUACCGGAUAAUAGAUGUGGUGCAGUCUUAUCAGGCUGGCUAAAAGGUGGUCACCCCACAUUAGCAAAUGGUGAAGUUUCCUCCGCGGUCUGCUUUACCAGAGGUGGAGAUUGUUGCAAGAAAUCAAUUGACAUAAAUGUGAAAGACUGCGGAUCCUACUUUAUUUACAAACUACAAAAGGUACCUGCUUGUAAUCUGCGCUACUGUGGCACAGAUUGAAUGCUAUAAGCAAGUAAUUCUGCACAGUGAAAGGAUUCAAAAAUCGAUUUAUUGACACAUGUGCAUUAAUGUAUAACAGGGACUUUAAGAAUUUCACAUGAUCCACUUUUCACGAUUAGUGUUAAACAAUGAGUAGUUUGAACACAAGACUGCCAUUGGACCGUGUAGUUUAAUCUUUCAAGUAGGAGUACUCCUUUCAAGGGAGGUUGAAGUCUGUUCUUUUUUAUUUAUGUACUGGAAUGUCUUUAUAUACGGCAAUCCCAUAAGUUUAAACACUUUACUCAAAACAAUUCUUUCAUUAAUCAUUCUCCUACGAUUUUUUUUUAAUUUGAGGAAUGAUACUCUCUAUUUCAGGAAAAAUUUUCAUUAUCUUAUUCUUAUUAUCAACAGAUACAUUUAUAUUAAAUUCACUAUUCAAAUCUAGAAGAACACGCUCAAUAUGAUACUUUCUAUGGUAGACUGAUUUACGUACAAUCCUCCAGCGAUUAUUAUAAU